AUGGACGAUUCGCCCAGCGAGGCCACCACGAGCGACUGGAAUACGAAAGGAUCCAGAAGAUCUGAAUCUCAUCAAGAAGAAGAAUCAGGUCACCAUACAUUGCCAACUCAUCCUGCUAGACGGACUUCAAAUACUCCUUCUUUCCCAUCACCCGCGGAGCAAUCAGGUUCACGGCAUCCACCGGGAGAACAAUCGACCUCACGACGAGAAGCAUCUCUGUUCCAAAUCCCGACAUCACCGUUUGAAGACCCAAUGUCUCGAUACGCGACACCGGGACCGACCACCCUCACCACCUCUCGACCACAGCAAUAUCAGCUUGUUUCUCCUGGCACACCAGCUGAUCCCCGAGCUAUGAGCCAAAACAACAAAGAUCAGCUGAUCCGGUCUCUUCGAACUCACAGAGUGAAUACGAUCACCGAGCUACGUCGUAUCGAAAAGAUUUUCGCGUAUCUAGAUUCCGCCGAGGUUACAGAGCCAAUGACAACUGCAUGGGCUCAUUACGUCAAUUCGAACAACCUUCUGAAUGAACUCCGGGGCUUGACUCGGACCUACCCGUUUAGUUCUGAGUGCCUGGAUGAAGCCAAAGCCUUGGUGGUUCGUGACCCAAAUAGCAUCCGGAGUUGGAACUACUGUUGGCUAGUGCUGGUCAAGAUGGAGAAAGAAAAUCUUGUUACCAAACAUGCCCGCGCUCUUGCCUCGAAGGCGAGUACUUGGGGUGGACGGAGACCAACAACAGCAGAGUUUGAUCGACUUGUCAAUGCCUGCGUGGCGGAAUGGACCGGAGCACUCAAGCAGAUGCUCAAACACUGGGAUAAGCCUCCCAGCACAACUGGCAACUAA